CUCGUUGCUAGGAGACACGAGGGCCUCAGCAGUUUGCCUCCGCCCGCCCAGCCGCGCCGCUCUGCUGGCGACCUCUGCCCGGGACCGCGCUCUCGGCCCUGCUGAGCGAGGAAAUAAUUGGUAAUUGAGGCCUCUGUAGCCAUGGCUAGUUCUGACGUGAAACCCAAAUCAAUAAGUCGUGCCAAAAAAUGGUCAGAAGAGAUAGAAAAUCUGUACAGAUUUCAACAAGCAGGAUAUCGUGAUGAAAUUGAAUAUAAACAAGUGAAACAAGUCUCCAUGGUAGAUCGUUGGCCAGAGACAGGCUAUGUGAAGAAACUCCAGAGGAGGGACAACACCUUUUAUUACUACAACAAACAAAGGGAGUGUGAUGACAAGGAAGUCCACAAAGUGAAGGUCUACGCUUACUAAGCCUUCCUCCUUCAUGUUACUUGGCAAUUAUAUUUUAAGAAUUCAUUCUUUCCAUUCUGUAUCACGCAAAUGUUUGUCAUUUUACAAAAUGAUUCAAAAUGCAACCUUCGUUGUAAUGUUUUGAAAUCAAAAACCAUGAAACUUGGUGACUACUAAUCAUCUUGUCAUCCUGUCCCAUCUAAAAUAUAGUUGCAGAAGUAUUAAAAGUUGUAACUUUCUUGAUCCUGCUUUUUUACUUUCUUUUUUUUUCAUGCUGGGGAUUGAACUCCUGGGCUUCACACAUGCUCAGCAAGUCCUCUAGCACUAUUCUACCUCCCCAUCUUUCUCUCACUCUUUUUCUGUCUGUCUCUGUCUGUGUCUCCGUCUCUCUCUGAGACAGGGUCUCACUAUGCCGUUCAGGCUAGCCUUGAACUUACUUUGUAGCCCAGGCUGGCCUUGAACUCACAGCAAUCCUCCUGCCUCAGCCUCUUUUUUUAUUUUUAGACACAGUCUCAUAGUUUGCCAGACUGGCCUCAAGUUUGCACUCCUGCUGCCCAGCCUUCUGAAUUGUAGGUGUGACCACCAUGCUUGGUGGCAGAAUACUAUCUUUCUCUGUGGUGGAACACCAUUGAUGGUGAUGUAUUUUCCUAUAGCGGAUUAGAGCCCCCCUCAUCCCUGUCCUUACUUUACCUCUUCAUUAGAACAUCAUUUCAACUGUUAAAUCUGCAUUUUGUGGUAUGAAGGCUUUCUCUUGACUCUAGAGUCCUUUGUCUUUGGCUACACAGACUGCUAAUGCUAGAGGGGUGACUGUCUCUGUGGCUUUACCAUGGAGUGGGUGGCCAUAUCCCCUACACCCUGCUAGCUCAGGAGUGGGUCUGACGCAUGUGUUUCCCACUGGCUCUCAGUGGGUCCCCAUAGGACUGAGACCUUGGCCACUCUUGUAGGAUUGUGACCAAGUUCAGGAGUGCUGGAGUCUCCUUCUGGAGGUGGUUUACAGGUUCUUUCUGUCCUGAGCAAAGAAUUAGUCAAGACAAGCACAAACAGUAGUGAAUUGUUAUUAAAGAUAGGAGAAGUAUUAUGACUUGUAUCUAAAUGUCCCCACAAAGCCUGAAGUGGCCGUAGGUGGGCCUUUUUGGAUCUAGUGUGCUGUUGGAUGAAGAAUGUGAGGCUGGGAGUGAUUCCUGGUGUGGUGCUAGGAUUAAACGUGGAUGGCCUGGAUAAAAUAUAAGAGACAGAAAGAGUACUGCUAGUUCAUUACUUGUAGCCUGCCAUGCCGACAUCUGCCUCCUGCCUGCUGUGAACUGUUCUCCUCUGUGAUGUUUCUCUGCCAUCACACCCUGCCCUGGAGCCUGCCAGCUAUGAACUGAAACCUCUACAAAUUGUGAGCCAAAUAAACCUUUUUGCCUUUAA